AUGGCAGACCUUGGCCCCGCCACCGCGGGUUUUGCACAGCUGCAGGCAGCCUUCUCCAAAGGCGACCUCGCGGCCUGCAAGCAGCUGCUGAGCCGGCUCAAGCUGGAGCUCACCAAGCUGCCGGCGCUGCCGCCGGUGUAUGAGCCCAGCCCCAACGCGCAGCAGCAGCUCACACUAGCGAGGCAGGUGCUGGAGCUGGCGGUGUUCCUGAGCAUCAAGCAGGGCGACGAGGUGGCGUUUGAGCGCAACUUUGCGCAGCUGCGCGUCUACUACGGCGACGCGCGCCCCCUGCUGCCGCCCAGCGACCAGGAGGCGACGCUGACGGCGCUCAACCUGCUGAGGCUGCUGGUGCAGAACCGCAUUGCAGAGUUCCACACCGAGCUGGAGGUGGUGCCGCCCGCGGUGCAGGCGGCGGGCGAGGUGGCGCAGGUGGUGGAGCUGGAGCAGUGGCUGAUGGAGGGCGCGUACAACAAGGUGCUGGAUGCGCGCGCCCGCGCCGCCUCCGACUACUACAAGCACUUCCUGGACCAGCUGUCCUCCACAGUCAGGGAGGAGGUGGCCAGCUGCAGCGAGCGCGCGUACAACUCGCUGAGCGUGGCGGAUGCGGCGGCGAUGAUGAUGCUGGGCAGCGAGGCCGAGGUGGUGGAGUUUGCAGCAGAGCACGGCUGGGAGGUGUCCAACGGGCGCAUCACCUUCAAGCCCGCCGCCGACAAAGAUGCUGCGGCGGCCGCCGCCGCGUUGCCUUCCCUGGACAUCAUCAACCACUGCCUCAACUAUGCCCGUGAGGUGGAGCGCAUCGUGUGA